AUGGAUGCCAAGAUCUAUCUGUGUGCCAAUAGCCUUGGAAAAACAAUUGUAGAUGGAAGUGAUGCAUCACCUAAAGAAAACGCAAAGGCUAUGACUUUUCUUCGUCGUCACAUUCAUGAAACGCUGAAAAGCGAAUACGUGGCGGUCGAUGACCUAUUGGUUCUGUGGAAAGCCUUAUGCAAAAGAUACAAUCACCAUAAGACAAUGAUCCUCCCAAGAGCCAGAUAUGAGUGGACACACUUGAGAUUCCAAAAUUUCAAGUCAGUGUCUGAGUACAACUUAGCAAUGCACAGAAUCACCUCCCUAAUGAAAUUAUGUGGUGAAAAUAUCUCUGAGGAGGAUAUGCUCGAGAAAACUCUCAAUACCUUUCAUGCCUCAAAUGUGCUCCUGCAACAACAAUAUAGGCAUGGAGGUUUUACGAAGUACUCAAAACUAGUAUCUUGCCUUUUAUUAGCCGAGUAG